AUAUUUUGUCAGUUGCAUUUGAGGCUCCGAUGCUCUCGCGCACGUUUCGCGCAGGCGACGGUGUUGUGUGUGAAUACGAUGUGUCACUUUUAGACCUUCCUUAAUUAAGAAUCUUCCAUAACAUAGAAAUAAUUUAAUCACAAUAUUUUUAUUUUUUUGUUACAAAACGGAUUUUAAAGUGCAUGCACUCAAGAUGAAGCUGCUGGUUUGCUGUUUAAUGAUAAUAGUAAAUAUUAGCAACAAUGGAAAAGCUUCCAUCGAAAGCUUUACGCCGACAAGCUCCGGUAUUCUGUUCGAAGAUACAACGAAGAAUUCAGACCAGUCGUGCCACCGUCCUUGCAAAUUCAAUGUGAAACCACGGAGGUGCUAUUACAGUUUCGUAAUAGAGCCAACCAUACAAGAAAGCGGUAGGCCGGCCAUUUCUAUCAAUGGGAUGUCACCGGGCCCGGCGAUCAACGUCUGCGUGAAUGACGUCAUCGUCGUAGAAGUCAAGAACAAAAUCCCUGAUCAGGAUGAGACGAUACACUGGCAUGGGGUAGAGCAGAGAGGAACGCCGCAUAUGGACGGAGUGCCUAUGGUCACUCAAUGCCCGAUAGCUUACGGAGCCACGUACAAAUAUGCCUUCAUUGCUUCGUCACCGGGCACCUUCUUCUAUCAUUCUGAUUCAGUGUCCCACCAAAGUGACGGCGUAUACGGGUCGUUGAUAGUGAACCAACCACAACCCUUGGAACCUCAUUCCUCCUUAUACGGCUAUGACCGAAGCACGGAGAACACUCUCCUCAUAGCUGCGGUGUUCCCGCAGUUGCUGACCGGGAAUCUGGAGGAUGCAAGUGGGAUGCAACCGAAUGCCAUGACCAUAAAUGGGGAUGAAGGGAACUUCAAAAUAUUCGUUAUGCAAGGGUUUGCGUACAGGCUGCGCCUGAUCAACGCGAUCGCGGUCGAAUGCCCGGUGCUGGUCAGGAUUGAGAGACACGAGAUGGUCGUCAUAGCAACCGAUGGGAGGUCUGUCAAGCCUGCAGCUGCUAGGACUGUCCUGAUUUAUCCGGGUGAGCGAAUGGACGUGGUGGUGCGAGCGUCGCAGGAGACCGGAGGGUAUUGGGUGAGAGCGCGCGGCACCGGCGCGUGCGCGGGACUGGUGGCAGACGCGAUGCUGAUCUACUCGGGCUUCAACUACACGUCUAUGCUGCAACAGGGACAGAACGAAUUUGCCCAAGAUUCUGAUUGGUCAGCAGUAUCCGGUCAAAUGUUGGAAUCAUUACAAGAUGUCGCCGAGGGACCUGACCCCAAGACUGUUUAUUUGGGAAUUGAUAAAAACGUCGUGGAUUUCAAGGAAAACGACGUAGAUUUUAGAUACAUAAGUGAUGCGAUACCAAAGAAACCUUUCUAUCCUGCUUCACUCACUCUAAAGGAAAGUGGCGUAGUUCAGAUCAACAGCAAGAGCUUCCUUUACCCGAACUCUCCUAUGUUGCUGUACCCUCGGGAUGUGAAGGCUGACUUCACCUGCAAGGUUGGAGAGGAGGCGAAGAACCAGGAGCCACAGUGCGUGCUGACGAUGGAGCCUGAAGGAGAAAUGCUGGAGCUGGCUUUGGUCAACGAAGGUUUUGGCAGCAAUGACUCAUAUACAUUCCACAUGCAUGGGCUGAGUGCUCAGAUCGUUGCAACAUGGCAGAGUCCUGAUGGAAAACCUAUUUCAAGGGAAGACUUCGAAAAAUUGAUGGAAGAUCAAAAAGUAGUGAGAAACAUUCGAAACCCACCAGUCAAGGACACGUUCGUCGUACCCAACAAAGGGUACACAAUCGUCAGGAUACGAGCCGACCAGGCCGGCAGCUGGCUCCUGGAGUGCAGGGCUUGUGCCUUGUCUUCCCUGCCCACGGCCGUCCUCAUCAACGUCCCCCAAAAGAUGCCCAAAUCCAUCAUCAAGUCGUUAGCGAAGUGCGGGAACUACAGGCCUCCUGAUGUCCUUCUAAAUUAAAAACUGAACUGCUUGAAAGUCAUGCUGAUGUAUGAUUAUGAUACUCAAAUUAAUUUUAGGGUUAAGUAUUAGAAUUUACUGGAGACUGAUAGUGUCAAAUAACACGACGAGAAAUUAAUGUAAGUGUGUAGAGAAUGUUACAAGAAUUUAUCAAAAGAAGACGAACUGUGAACAGUUUAUCUUAGUAGAUAUUUUUUGUUAGAAGAUUUUAAUACAGGCUGUAAAUACAAUGCUUUUAUUGUAUUUGGGAUGGUAUAAUAAUUUAAAAAGGCGAUCUAAAUAUGAUGGUAAGAUAUUGAUCUCGUAUAGAAUGAGGCCCUUUUAUAUGAGGUCAAUCGUCAAAAAGUAGUUCCAUUCUCUCUUUCUUUUCAAGAUUAUGAAAUAAAA